CUCAGGGGGGGUUCAUUAAGGCAUCAAGCCACAACCCGACGGUCCCAUACUCAGUCCCUGUGCAGACUGCAGAGAUCUCUCUCCGGAAAAAAAUCCCACUAUACUCCGUCGUCGUUUCCGGUCAACCACACGCCACGUGGACUGUCAUACGUGUCUGCCGCGCGAUUGCUCCCCAGGCACACGUGUGGGAGAGCUGAAAUUGUUUAAAACUUCUGGAAUAGAACCACUAAGAUCAUAGCAAUGGGUGCACCAAAGCUGAAGUGGACAUCAGGAGAAGAAGCUGCACUUAAAGCUGGUGUGGCCAAGUAUGGGAUGGGAAAGUGGAGCACCAUACUCAAAGAUCCAGACUUUGCUCCGAUAUUGCGUUCUCGGUCUAAUGUGGACCUCAAGGAUAAAUGGAGAAAUCUUCAUGUCAUGACCAAUGGUUGGGGGUCUAGGCAGCGGGGUAAGAUUGUUGGUAAAAUCACUCAAUCCAAGAAUGAUGACGAUGAUGAUGAGCCUAUGGCUCUUACCACUGUGGUUGAUAAUAAUGUGGACAUUCUUGAUGCUAAGCCCCUUGCUACAGUUAAUGGAUCACAAACAGAUAUCUGCUCUAAGAAACCAAUCACUAGCUUGGACAAUCUGAUAAUGGAGGCUAUAGCCAAGCUGAAGGAACCUCGAGGAUCUAGUAGAAACGCAAUUUGCAUGUUCAUUGAGGAGAGCUACCAGGCUCCUCCAAACCUUGAAAGGCUGUUGGCUGCAAAUUUAAAGGACUUAACCGAAAAAAGAAGGCUCAUAAAGGUGAAGCAUUUUUACAGGAUCGCACCUAAUGGGAUGUCAAUGGUUGAUGUAAAGAUGGAGCCUUCUCCUUUGCUUCUUGAGGGAAAGCAGAUGACACAACUUGCACCAAGACCAGAAAGUAGUAAUGGAACAAGAAUGCUGACUAAGGCACAAAUUGACGCUGAACUGGAGAAGAUGAGGAAUAUGAGUGCACACGAGGCAGCAAUUGCAGCUGCACAAGCAGUUGCAGAGGCUGAAGCCGCCAUUGCUGAGGCUGAACGGGCGGCAAUGGAAGCAGAGGAAGCAGAGGCUGAGGCAGAAGCUGCAAGGUGUUUUGCUGAAGCUGCAACCAAGGCGUUGAACUUUCAGGCCACUAUCCAUGUCUAGAACAUUUGCUAUCUCAGUGAACAUGUGGAUACAGGGGGCGAAUCCAAGAAUCUGGAUUGGACUGGAAUGAAGAAUAAAUAUGGCUUAAAUAAUUAUAUUAGCGGAAUGGGUUAAAUAUGAAAAAUGAAAAAAAUAUACUAAAAAUAGCGGGAAAAAUUAAGUUAAUCUGAGCUUUAGGCUGCCCUAGCCCUAAUGUAGAUCUUCCCAUGUGUGAUAGUUACAAAUAUACAAUAAGAUUUGUACUCCACAUGAUUUGUAAAUCUGAAAUUUUGUCUAUACCAAAAAGUGGAAGACGAAGACACUUUUGUAGGGAUAUGUAUGAGCAAAGUCAAUGGAAGAGUGAAAUGCAAGGAGAGCUCAAUAUGCAAUGCCAUUUUAAAAACACUGAUGUUUAUGGAUAGUAAAUGUUGGGGGUUGUGAAUUGCUGCUUUAAAUGUUGAAUAUUUUGGCAGUAACAUCAAUUUCCCCCUUUAAUAAUCUAAAGGGAAAACUUG